CCCAUCGCUCGCUCGAAUCGGUGGGAAAAAUAAGAAUCUCGGAUUUUUAAGGUCCGUAUGCGGGCGGCCUCUGGGGGAGUUAUCCGUCCUUAGUCACCUUUCAAAUCUCGGACAGAGACGUGUGUUCAAGUUCCAAGGUUUCGAUUCCUGAUUCCUCAAAGUGACGAAGGUCUUGCCUAUAGAUAGUGCACAUGUGUGAGUGUGUGUGCCCGUGAAUUUGGGAAAUGGCCUUCGUGACUGAGAGCUCACCGCAAUGAAUCGGAAGGGCCUCUUUGGGAAAUGAGAAAAUGCUCCCAUUCUAGUGAUAGUUGAGGACCAUCAUUAGCCUUGAGUAAACAAGGAGCAACAAAAGAGUACUCUCACGUCGUGCAUAUGGCAUAGAGUGCGAAAAAAUAAAGAUUAUGUCGCAGUUUUACCGAGAGAACGACAAAGUGCGGACUUCGUUUGUUGUUAGGCCUAGUUGAAGUGAUUUGUCUCGGGUCUGAUCAGCCAGAUGAAACAAAUUGCACCUUUUGAGCCACGACGGGCACUCAGGUGUUGGCAUUGUAGUGACUAGUGACCAUGAGUGUCGUCAUAAAUCAUUUAAGUUCUCCUUAACAAUCCAUGAUAAAUGUUUCAUAGUCGUCGACGCACCCUGCAGCUCUCAACAGUAUUCUCGUUCGACUUGUCGACAUGACUUCAGAAGAGACGUCGUCCGUCACUCAAGAAAACGACGAUCUCAAAGAGGAAUUCGACGAGGAGGAUCAAGAGAUCGACCUCCGUGGACGGAAGAAAACCUCCAAGAAGACCAUCACCAAGACCGUCAAGAUCGUCAAACGCUCCACAUCCCGAAGGAGGGUCCGAUCCCGACGGUACAGUGAAUCCGACCCUUUAGUGAUCCACGAACCCAUCGCACCCCUCAUCCUCACUCCGCAGCAAGACUCCAUGAAUGGGUCAGAUCUUUUGGGUCGACCGAUCGAGAAAUCCCAAAGUAUGGGUCGUAUUAGUCAACGCAUCUCAUUCUUGGACCCCAGCAUCCCCAUUCGACAACACCAACCCAUCCAAGAUCAAGUUGGACCCCCCAGGAAUGGGCUGGCCACAAACAAGAGGAAUGAGUUCUUCUCGGAAAGUCCGCUGAAAGUCACCGAGGUCCCCAUUUUCCACAACGGGCUCCUCGCCCAAAAAGCUCACCAAGCCUUGAAUGGCAGCAUCGACGAUUUGGAUGGGACUUCCCAAAAGGCCAAUGGGGUAAUGACGCGCAAAAAGGACGAAAGGAUCAUCGAUCUUCAAGUCGAUCCUAUCCUAAAACGGAGCGACUCGAUGAAACGCCAAAAGGAGACCGAGGGCCACUUCUAUGAGGCCAAAUCUCCUGCCAACACAUUGCCUAGGAAAUCGAUUAUGAAACCCGCUAAGAACGGGCUCUCAUGGCCCGUGGAAUUGCUCGUGACCCAUGUGGAGCCGUGUUUGGCAUCCCCCAAGGAAGAGAGCAAACAGUUUAAGAUCAAAUUGAAGCUCGACUCUUGGUUCAUCACCGUUCAUCAGACUGUCCGAUGGUCGGAGCUGAAAAACCAUAAAAACAUCGAGAUUGAUGGCAUUUCAAGACUGAAGAUUCAUCAAAAUGCCUUUGCCUUCGAGUAUUCCGUCAUGGAGUUUUAGCUCGAUUUAACUCGAAGGUGAGAACGGCGCCUUUGUGGGCAUAAAAAGGAAUUCUAAUUGAUGUUUUCCUUGGACAGUUAAAUCUGAAUAAUAACAAAAUAAAUACGAAUCUCCCAUGUGCAAAACGUUGAAUGUAUUCUCAAGAUUCAUGAAAUAUAAAUAAGUAUUUGA